AUGUUCUAUCAUUUAACACAAGGCCGGGUGAUGGCGAGAAAAGUGACCGGAGAGUAUCCAAAAAGCACUAAAACCUUUGAUCACACACACACACACACAUACAUAUUCAUAUCUAUCUAUCUAUCUAUCUAUCUAUCUAUCUAUCUAUCUAUCUAUCUAAAUAACAUACACAGAGAGCAGUCUUUAUAUCGGCUGCUUACUUUCUCUUUCUGUUUAUCAAAAGGUGUUUUGUAUCCUUUUUUUUCUGUCUCUGUCUCUCCUUUACUCAUUCUCAUUAGUCUUCGUUUUCUAUUUUACUUUCCAAAUCGUUGUUGUCUUCUCUUUCUUUUCUCCAAUUUCUUUCUUCUUUUCAUUCAUUCUCGAUUGCUUUUCAUUUAUCUUUUUCUAUCUCUUCUCUUUCACUUUCUGUUUCUUCUUCCUCUUUCUAUCUCUUGUUCAUCUUUCGUUAUUUUUCCUUAUCUUCCUAUCACACCUUUUUAUUCGGUCAUAUUUGUAUUCGUUUCUUCUUUCCCCUUUCUUUCACUCCAUUUCUUCAUUUGCCUCUUCGUUUUCUUUCUCUCUUUCUUUAAUUCAUCUUUUUUGUCUUUCUCUCCUUCGCCUCCGUUCCUUUUUUUUAAACUCUCUUUACCUCUUUUUCUACCAUCUUCUGUCUUUAUUUCUCAGUUUUUUUCCUAUCACUCUCUCUUUUUUUCUGUUUCAUCUUCGUGUUGUCUGUACUUUGCGACUCUUUCUAAACAAUUUUUCUUUUCUCCAUUUCUUCGUUUAAAUUUUUUAUUUUUUUCUCUCACACCUUUAUCGUUCUUUCUUUCUUUCUUUCUUUCCUCCUCUCUUCUCUUUAAUCUAUAA